CAAAACCCAAGCCUAGUUUUUGAAGAGUUUUAACAGAGGGAAAGUAAGAGAGCCGUGAAGAACGAUCUCUGGUGGCCGCUUCGUUGAUUGGGAUUUCUUGUUUUGAUGCAUAUUCCAUUCUGAACCUAGAAAUUCUUCUUCAGCCGAACAAUUUUUCUUAGGUUUUCCGUCAUUUCACUGAACCAAUGCUCCUUUCUGAAGUUUCCUCUUUUUGACGGGAUCUGAGGUGUAGGUGCCUGGAUUGAUUUUUCCGAACUGGGACGUUAUCAUGUUAUAAAGCCGAGGCUUGCAGUUUUUUUGUGGCGGGAUUGGCUUCCUUCUCCUUAUUUAUUCUUAGGGUUUCUUUCGGUUUAGUUUGUGCUUGAACCACCCUCUUUGUCCCCGCCACAAUUGGCUGUGAAGUUCUUCUCUGUUUGAUCAGAUUAAUUUGUUUUCGGGGUUGAAAAUUUUGCCAUUGUUCUAGGGUAUUUUGCUUUUCAUCCAAAUUUAUUAUCGGGUUCUUUCUUGGUUCAUGCUGCUGUUACCAUGUGAUUGUAAAAUUCUACGGAUAUUAUGUUGUUUAAAUUGAAGAAUAGCCAAGGCUCUGCACGCUUCGCGUUUCAGCAAGCUCUGCACCUCCACCACCACCACCACCACCAUUAUCUUCUCAUGGCUUAUAUGGUUGGCUACGACCCGUCUUCCAACUUAACCUUAUCGAAGUAUUCUUCUCUUUCUUCUGGCCGUGGCGGGAGCAGCGGCUGCAACCCAUCUUUCCCAUUUCUUCGGAAGCAACUACAUGUCAAUGCUUUUCCGGUUAAAAGAUGCAUUGGGUUCACUCUUCAAGGUUGCUUUGAUACCAGUAGCAAUAAUAAUAAGCUUUUUGUCAAUCCGACGGCCCGGGGUUUUGCAGCUUUCCCUCGCCCGCCAUUGUUAGCGGACACAGAGGAUGCUACUGUCCAGGACAAUAAUCGCAAUGCUAUUAUAAAUACAUCGUUAAAUGGGAGUCCCACUAAACCCCUAAAUUUUCGGGAUUGCCAUUUGUCCCGGAAAAUUGUUGUUGCGGUUGACGUUGAUGAAGUAUUAGGGAACUUUGUGUCGGCUCUAAACAGGUUCAUUGCAGAUCAAUACUCAUCAAACUAUUCAGUUUCUGAGUACCAUGUGUAUGAGUUUUUCAAGAUAUGGAAUUGUUCUCGUGAGGAAGCUGCUGCCCGUGUGCAUGAGUUUUUUAAGACACCGUAUUUCAAGACAGGGAUCCACCCUCUCCCAGGUGCUCAGACAGCCCUUCAGAAGUUAUCAAGAUUUUGUAACCUAUCAGUUGUAACAUCACGGCAGAAUGCUAUCAAGGAUCACACAAUUGACUGGUUAGAGAAGAAUUUUCCAGGACUUUUUCAGGAAAUUCACUUUGGAAACCACUUUGCUCUUGAUGGGGUGCCUAGACCCAAGUCGGAGAUUUGUAGGUCUUUAGAUGCUCAAGUUCUAAUUGACGAUAACCCAAGAUAUGCUAUAGAAUGUGCUGAAGUCGGAAUCAGGGUCCUGCUUUUUGAUUAUGAGAACUCGUAUCCUUGGUGCAAGACUGAAUCUGUUGAUCAGCAUCCUCUGGUGACGAAAGUUAGAAACUGGGAACAAGUGGAACAACAAAUAAUGUUAUUGACAGCUUUAUAGUCUCUAAAUCUGCUGGUAACUUUUUUGUGACACCGCCCUUUUUGCUACGAAGUACUGUUCAAUUAAUAGGCCUACAAUAUGUAUGGAGGAGGUGAGACAAUUUGAAGCAGCUGGAGAGAGAGCACUUGCCUGGUAGCUGGGGUAAUAGUAUAAAAUUGCUCACAAUAGCAUUCUUUUCCCCACUUUCGAGCAGCAUCAUGGAAGAGUGGAAUGUGAAAUUGUUCAUUGAAGUGGAAAUUCUAUGAUUCUACUAUAUAAGGAUAUCUAAGCAGAGAAUUCUUUUACAAUUCCAUUAUGGAUAUAGAAGUUGAUCUUAAACUCGUAGGGUUAGGCAGUCGUCACCCGUUGCUAUCCUAUCCAUUUACUGGGUUCGCUGUACAACAAUAAUGAAUAUUUCAAGACACAUUUCUCCAUGCAUUGCACGGAAUCUAGAAUGAGCUGCGCUGUUUAUAUCGUUUAAACGGUGCAGUGUGUGUGAUGUUAUAUAUAAUAUGUUGAUAUUGACGAUAUAUUGACGUUAUUGAUAUCUCGAUUUGACUAUGUCAUCAAAGCAUGUUGGGUCAUCCAGAAAUAAAAUCAUGUUGGAUCA